AUGUCUGACCGAGUAAAUAGAGACUGGGAUAUUAAGGACUCGACAAAGUAUCAACUGCAUGAGAUCGAGCAUCUGAGAAUCACGGAAUCAGGAAAAACCGUCCGUGAUAUCAGAAUUGAAAACGAGCAGUUAAGAAACAAGCUGCUCGAAGCGUAUGAGGAUUCGAUCAAGCAAAAGGAUGAAACGAUCAAGCACGUCCAGGAAAAAAGUCAGAUGCAAGCCAAGCUACUCCAGGUUUAUGAGACUCAGUUCGCAACAAGAUAUCAAAUGAAGGACGAACAACAGAAGAAUAGUGGAAUGACCUUCAAUUGCAACGGAGAAAAUGGCAAACAAACGGUCACAUUACCACAAUCGCCAACGAAGCUGACUGAGGAUCAACAGCCAUCAAUGGAAUCUACACGACGAUCCACUGAAGACGGAACAUUCGAAUCUUCAUUCUCUGGAAUGAGCUUCAAUUAA